AUGCCUUUCUUCGGAUCCUCCCGCCGCGUAGAGCCUGAGCCUGAGCCCGUCCCAGCUCCCACCCGCAGCCACGGCAGCAUCUUCAGUCGACGCCAGCCCGAGCCGGCCCCCGUGCCCCAGCCCGUGCCCAAGAAGCACGGCAUCUUCCACCGCCGCGGGUCCUCCCCCUCGCCCGACCGCGUCGCCUCGCAGAAGGGCAGCAUCCACGGCCACCAUGGCAUCGGCAGCCGCCACUCCGUGUCCAGCAUGUCCUCCCACAGCAGCAGCGACGGCGGCAAGAUGAGCCGCCACUCCGCCGGAGGGGGCAGCAUCCUGGGCCGCAAGCUGGGCAGCCGCAACGACCCCAUCGCGCUGGCCAAGAACCGCGUGCUGGCGGCGGAGAAGGCCGAGAUCGCCGCGGACCGCGCGCUCGCCGUGUCCAAGAAGGAGGUCCUCGAGGCCCGCGAGGCCGUGGAGAGGGUCGAGAAGGACCUGCGCGCCAAGCAGAUGGCCGUCAGGGAGGUGAGCGCUCGUGGGCGCGGACUUGGACGUGAGUAA